AUGAUUAUGGAUGUCCAAAUAAAGGACAUUCGACCUGGACAGAAAAACCUCAACGUGGUUUUUAUAAUAUUGGAAGUGGGUCAUCCGACGAUAACGAAAGAAAAUCGAGAGGUACGAUCUUGCAAGGUGGCAGACGCGACGGCAUGCAUAAACGUGUCGAUAUGGGACGAACCGGGUCAGCAUUUGGUACCGGGAGACAUAGUCAAAUUGACGAGAGGCUACGCGGCAGUUUUCCGGGAUUCUCUAACUCUAUAUACGGGUAAAACGGGAGAUUUGCAAAAAAUCGGAGAGUUUUGCAUGGUUUUUAACGAACAGUUAAACAUGAGCGAACCGAAUCCGUCACUUUCGGCACAAUAUGCUACGGCGAACAAUUUAUUAGUUAAUAGCAACGGUCCCUCACCGAAUCCGAACAUGGUCGUCACAAACAACGGAUCGAGGCAACCCAUGAUGACGCCGAAUCAAUCGACUCAAUUACCCCCAUCCGGUCCUCAAAUGGUUCAAAAUUCAAUGGGACAACCCAAGACGAACGCGAGAGGAGAUGGAGCAAACAACGGAUCGACCGACAACGGAAACGGUGGUGGUAAAAGUUCCGUUUUGAAUAGAAGCAUGUCAAGGGGCAGAAAUUCGGGUGGACCGAGAAACGGUUCGAGAGAAAGGAGGUAA